CUUGAAGUCGGAUCCCUGGGUGUGUCUACAGUGCAGCUGAAUGUAGAGCAGAUGUCAGGCAGCUCAGGAGAUGGCUCAGGGCAGCUUGGCAGCCAGUCCUACAGGAAGUGAGAACAGUUCCUUUCCUCGAGAAUCACCUGUCACAUUGUCGAAGGACAGAGCCAGCUUCCUGUAAUGAGCUUUACUGGUGACCUACAGAGGAGAGUGAGGUUGUUGACACUGCAGGCCUUGCACAGGGAUUCAGGAUUAUCUGAUGGGAUGUGUCUGUGGUCUCUAGAGCUGGCUAAGACAAGGGCCUUGUUAUUAGAAUUCGAGGUCUCAGCAGCAGCCCAGGACUGACAUGGGAGAUGGAUAUUUUCUGAUAGUUUACUCUAAAGUGACAUUGAGAAGAAACUCUUUGAGAAUAAACUCCUUGCCUUCUGUGUCAGAGGAAAUGGCCUUUGGAAACAGAAUGUAGGCUCAGCCCAGGAGUCUUACCAAGCAACUGUAUUCUUUAUGUAUUGCUUGCUGAAGCAGCCUGCCAAUUGCUUUUUGUAAAACUUUGCCUGUCUGGCCGGAUUGGGAGGUAUCUGUGUUCAAAGGAUCUGCGUGAAGAGGGGCAGUGUCUGCCACACGUGCAGAGCCUUCCUGCCCAGAGCAGUCCUCUGUGGGGCAAGAUCUGCAUGGCCUCCAGACCCUGAAGAGGAAAAUACCUAUUUUAUCAACUUCUGGUUGACCUGUAGUAGAUGAAAAAUGCUGUUACAGUGUCCAGUGCAGCAUCCAUGCUCAUCUCUGAGGUCUUUCUCAGCAGCAAUUGCUCCUAUUCCUUCUUUUUGCUUUUUUUUUUUCAUAAUUCUACUGUUUAACAUUUGUGGAAUGAAAAAUCUAUUUUUUUCCCCUGGAAUGAAGAGCUUUGCUUCUUCAUUCAUAGAAGAAACCAUGAGAAUGUGAACAGAUCAGAAGCAACUUUCUCUUUACAUGUAACUGCUCCAUCUUCUUUAGUCUUUGUUACUUUUUUUAUGUUCUUCACUUCAGAGCAAUGACUGUGUAUGUCUUUAUGGAAUUUGUGUUGGUCUUUGGUGCAUACGAAGUGCUGGCUAGACAAGAGAGGUCAGGAAUCCUUCCACUAAAUAAAAAAGCAGCAUUUCAUUCUGCCAGUGAAUUACAAAGCUAGUGCUGUUUGUUAUUCUUUCUCUCAAUGGUAACAGUGACCAGGAAACACCAAAGUCUUCAAUGGGGGUUGGCUUUUCAGCAACACCCCCUCAUGUGACAGCUGUUAGGACACAUAAAUGCAGUUUACAUUGGAACUUGGCUGCUACUGAGGCAGUGAUGUACAAAAAGCAGACAGUGUAUUUGCCAUAGUCAGAGUUCAGAAACAAAUGUCCUAAUGAGUACGAAAACGGAGAAGGUAGGGCUUUGGUUUUGGAGUUUCACCUUGAGAAGCAAACAAUUGAAACACAACCUGAAAGGUGGAGCAGCUGCUAUAGUGAUACUGCCUUCCCCUAAAGUGUUGUAAAGCCAUUUCCACAGAGCCAGAAGAAAGCUUUUUGCUUCUGACAAGGCGUUGAAUUGGGCCUGUUGCUCUGUGGUGGCAACUGAAGAGCCAAGGUCACGGAUGUCAUUGCCUCAGAGCCACUGGGAUCAGCGAUGCUGUGUCAAAUGUUGGCAGAAAGGGCUCUCACACACAAGUUCAGGAAACCCCUUUGGAUGGACUUUAAAUUGGAAUGGAGGUGUUUUGUAGAAGACCUCCUGUAGCUUAAAAUCCAGUCUAUUCAUGUGGAAGAUAGAAUUUACUACUCAGUAACACCAACCUAACACCUAACCUAACACUACCUAAGCAGGCAGAGUACUGGUGUUGCUUUAGCUCCCAAACUACACAGGACAUGAAGUGAUUGUAGCCACUUGAUAGCCUCUGUCACACAGAUCCCCACACCAGACAAAGAAGUCACAGAAAAUCUCUGGCUUGUGCUUAGAUUCAUCUGCCUCCUCUGAGAGCUGAUAAACACAACUGAUGGGAAAAUAUCCUCUGGUUCUCAAAAAGGCAGUAAUGGAAAACAGCCAUAAAAGUUCACCUCCUGCCCCAACAAGGUGCACCCUUGAAACAGAAGCUGGUGGUGCCAGGGAUGCCCAAGACUCUGUUUAUUCCAGACAUCAGAAGCCCCAGACCUGACAGGAUCUGAGCAUUUAAAGACUAUCAGAGGUAAAGCUUUGUGCAGCCAUCACACCAGGCCUGCAGUGCUCGCAUGCAGUUGGAUGUGCAUCUUUUUCACACACAGGGGGAGGUAGGGGGUUAUUUCAGCCAAAACCCCGCACAGCAGCAUGGCAUCACCUGGGAAGUUCUGUGCUUGCAGCCCUACAGCUUUCCUGCACGGAAGCAGCCAUCAGAGAGGUGGAAUGGGACAAUGGGAGCACGGCUGGCACAGCUCCCUGCCCCAGACUGCCAGGAGCCCUCCUUACCCUGCAGCAGUGCCACUUCCACACCAGAGCAGCACAGCCCUCAGGCUGCAGCAUCAGCCCUGUGCCUGCUGGCUGGAUGUGCUGAUGCCGGGGCAUCCACAAAGCCCACAUCCACUGUCACACACCCACAGCUGCUGGGUGCCCUGGAAUGGCAGCAGUCACCCUGGGGCUGUGGUUUGGGAUUUACUGCUGCUCCCCACAAGCAGAUACUGCCAUCCCUGGCCCCAUCAUGGUCCCAGGACAAAUUGCAAGGUUAAAUGGUUGUUGCACUCUCAGAGCUCUCCUGAUCACAUCCCUUUGUGCCUGUUUGUGCACAAAGUGGAGUGGAGGAAAAGCCCCUCUUUGCAGAGUGGGAUGAAUUCCCAGCCAUGGGGUGGCAUGCACCUACCAUCCCUUGUGCUGCAGGGAUGAAGUGGGUCCUUCUUACAGCCUGUUCUGGUCAAGCUGAUGCUCAUUGCGUCUCAUGGCCAUGAUUUUCUUGGGACCAUGAGUGCAGCAAAUACAAACUUUCCUAUAGGCACUGGGAACAGGUUAAAAAGGAUUCAGGGAAGGUAUGUAUGGACUUUUGGUGGUGAUAAGGACAUGGGAUGCUGUAGAGCUGGUGCAGCCUGUUUGGGCAAUGUUUCCUGGGGAGCUUUCACAGCCCCCAGGACACAGAGCUGCAGAGCACCUGGGAAAGCGAUAAGCUUAGAUAAAGAGAAACAGAUCUGGAGAAUGCAAUACAAUCUUCCUCCCCAGACUGAGCUGGAGUUCUCUUGGUGGUCUUUGAGUAGCAGAGAUGCAUGGGUCCCUCUGCAUGUCCAGUCUUGGAAAGAAGAGUCUUUCCCAUGAGAACCUCAGUGUGCCCAAUGGGUUGUGAGAGUUGUAGGAGGCGCUGACCCUCAUCACCCAUGAAAAAUGCAGAGGAACUGUUCAGAAAGGGACUGUGAUAUCUCUGCUGGACAGGAAAGGAAAUGCAAAUUUCCUGCUGGCUUCAUGAUGGACAUGAACAGCUGGUGGAAUUGGGAGGAUGACAAAAAAAGGGAGAUAUCAGAAAUUACAGGAACUGAUUUUUAUGGCUGAAAAACACCUGCAACUGAAAUGUUACAUUUAAAAGGAAGGUCUUUAAUCUGCUUCUUAAUGGGCAAUGGGAUGUCCCAUGCUGAUACGGCUGUAGCAGGAAUGCUGAUAAAACUGCAUCCUAACCAGGGCUGAAGGAUCAGUUUGGAAGGACACCUCACCUGCCUGCUAUGGUAUUGGGAAUUUGACACAUGAUGGGUCCCAGCAUGCUGAGCAGGCACUUUCCUGCUGCAGCAACUCCCCAUCAACUCCCUACACCCCCAGGUGAGCUAUGGGUCCCAGAAAAUGUGUGAGUCCUGUACAGAGCGUGGAUACCUGGUGAGACUGGAGUCCUGGGCAGAGUAUUGGUCCUUGACAAGGUGUGGACCCUGAGUGAGAUGUGGGUCAUGGGGGAAGGGUAGGUCCCAGGAGAGGUGGGGAUCCCUGGAUGUGUAUCAAAGACUCUGGGGCACAGCUAAUUCACCCCAGAGAGGGCACAGUACACGAGAAGCCGGAGUAGGACGCCCCCGAAUUGCCAGAUGCUGGUGAGCGUGCCAUCAACAGCGGGGAGAGUCCUCAGGGGGACGCGUGGGAUGUCACCUUUAAACUCUGCCCUGGGAGCACCGGGGAGGUGUCUGUCUGUUGGGUGGGGCGGGGGGACGGGACAGAGGGCAGGGCAAGAGUUAACCUACCUGCUCUGCCAUCUAUCUCUAGGCUCCACCUCGGAGAGAGAGGGGAGGGAAAAGAGAAAAAGUAGGGAAAAAAAAAAAAGAAAAAAAGAAGAGGAGGAGGAGGAGGAAGAGCUCAGAGAGAAGCGCCCGGACCGCGGGCAGCACGGCCAGCAGCGGAGCGGCCGCCCCGUCCCACUCCCAGCAUGUUCCAGUGGAAGAAGACUAUCUACAAAACAGUUUGUCUCUCCUUCUUGCUGAUCAUUACAGUGACGGUGCUGCAGCGUGGAAUGGCCCCAAACCAGUUCAUGCAGGGCCAGCAGCAGAGAGAACUGCCCCCUUCAGAGCCCUUGAAAUCCCAGAAGAGAGACAACUCCUUCUCCAUCAGCAGCACUUUCUGGAAGACCAAGAAGGAGAAAGCUCCUGUGAAGGAGGAGAGCGUGACAGCAAAGCAAACAAAAUCCUGGGAUGUCACCACUACCAACUGCUCAGCCAACCAGAACUUCAGCAAGGUGGAUUGGUUCAAAGGGCUGGAGCCCAACUUCCAGCAGUUCCUGCUCUAUCGGCACUGCCGCUACUUCCCCAUGCUGAUCAACCACCCAGAGAAGUGCAGCGGGGAUGUCUACCUGCUCAUCGUGGUCAAGUCCAUCAUCACGCAGCACGACCGCCGCGAGGCCAUCCGGAGGACCUGGGGCCAGGAGAAGGAGGUGGAGGGCAAGAGGAUCAGGACACUGUUCUUGCUGGGCACUGCCUCCAAGGAGGAGGAGAGAGCCAACCACCAGAAACUGCUAGAUUAUGAGAACCGCAUCUAUGGGGACAUCUUGCAGUGGGAUUUCCUGGACAGCUUCUUCAACCUCACCCUCAAAGAGGUCCAUUUCCUCAAGUGGGUCGACAUCUACUGUGACAACAUCCACUUCAUCUUCAAAGGCGACGACGAUGUGUUUGUGAGUCCCAGCAAUAUCCUGGAGUUCUUGGAGGACAAGAAGGAGGGAAAGGACCUCUUUGUGGGGGAUGUCCUCUACAAAGCCAGGCCGAUCCGUAAGAAGGAGAACAAGUACUACAUCCCCAGUGCCCUCUACAACAAAAACAUCUACCCACCCUAUGCAGGGGGUGGGGGCUUCAUCAUGGAUGGAGCCCUGGCCAAGAGGCUUCAUAAGGCCUCAGAGACACUGGAGUUGUACCCCAUUGAUGACGUCUUCUUAGGGAUGUGCUUGGAGGUCCUUAAAGUGUCACCUGUUGGGCAUGAGGGCUUCAAAACUUUUGGCAUUGUGAAAAACAAGAACAGCAAGAUGAACAAGGAGCCAUGUUUUUACCGGAGUAUGUUGGUGGUUCAUAAACUGCUGCCUCCAGAGUUGCUCCAAAUGUGGGACUUGGUCCACAGUAACUUGACAUGCUCAAGAAAACUCAAUGUUCUUUAGCUCAGUCUCUCUGGAGAGCUGGGACUGCAGGAGCUGGGACAACUGAUCCCUGCUCUGGGGUGGGGUGAGCCUCUCCUGGUGGCACAUGAAUCCUUCAGGGGCACUGCCCUCCGGAGUUAGGAGGGCAGAGACACUGUGCUCACGGGCAGGGUUUGUGAUAGUGUUUGUUCCUGUACUGUAUUGUGGUUCACAUAUCUCCAGCUGGGUUGGGGGUUGCUGAAAAAGAGAAAAAACCCAACAAAAAAUGACAAGUCUAGCACAAAAUGGAGAGAGGGCUAAGCGGUUUGUGCUCUGCUUUAGGUACUUCCUCCACAGCAGCAUGAUGAGUGGAGGGGUGGAGGGAGGAAGGGAGGGAUGUGGCACUGGCAUUUUCUGGAGAUGUCCAGGGUCUGGGUAUCCAGGGGAGCUGGUCCAAGGGCGUUCGGCCAAUUACAAGUGCAUCAGCCCCUCCCAACUCAAAAAUAAUGGGAUUUUAUUUAUUAUCUCAAAUUUCUUCUCCAUGCAAGGUUUUAGUUACACUGACGUUGUGUGUGCAUUGGGUUCAUCCCCACCAAAGUCCUGUGUCCCCUUAUGCAGCUGGGGAGAGGGGCUUUUCUCUGAGGCUGGCCCUCAACAGCCCUGAGUCCCCAUUAGGUUUUCAGCCUGACACUUGGGGGACCAGGGUCCUUGUCCUUGUCAGAGGGUCCCAGGCAACAGUGGUUCCCAGCACCAGCCUGGGCUGUGCUUGGCUCCCCAGCCCCUCUGCAGCCUUACUGCAUGUCCUCAGAGGAAUGCACCCAGCUGAAAUUCCUCAGGGAUUUGUUCUUCCUGGCAGGAAAGAGACUAGGCCAGCUGCCCUUGCCUGUGGCCAAGGAAGUGGUGGAGAAAACUGGUGGUCCCCCUGCAGUGCCCCAGGGAUUUGUAACUUCUGGGACCCUACUUCCCAGGUAUCCCAGGGAGUGCUGUGGGGAGACCCUCUCCGUGCUGCACAGCUGCCCUCGUGGCUUUGCCUUGCAGGAGACAACAGCCACAAAGGCCCUGUGUGUGGCUGCUUGGGGUUCAGCCUGGGUUUGUCAGCAACUGUGAUGCUCCAUGGUAGGUUGGAGACAUUGGCCCUGCUCUAGCAUAAGAAGCAGGAUCCAAGGGGACAAACUGAAAGAAAGCUGGUGUUUCACACAUCUGCUCAGCUCAGGGUUGUUGCAGUGUUUAUUCUAGAGGCUGAGAUGCAGGAGCAUAACAGGGAAUGGUGUCACAAGACACCAUUUAUUUGGGCUGAAAGGGCCACAAGCUCUCGAGGGGAGCCCUGGGCUGGUUACUUUGGUGGAAACCACCCAACAGAGACAUGUGGCCACACAAGGGCCACGGGUGCUCUCCAGCCACUGACUGCAGUCAUGAGCAAAGCCACAGGAAUGUGCAAAGCCACAUGCUCACACACGUGAUCCCAGGCACAGGCUCUGCACACACAGAUGUCCCUGUGUGUACGGCUGGCAUGCCCAAAUGUCCCUGCAGGGGGUGAACACACACAGCCACAACCAUGGCCCUGACCACGCACAGUGAAACACGGGCACAGAUACCUUUACUCCCUCUCCCUGUCUGGUGCCAGACAUUGAAAGGAAAAAAUGUUUACUACCUCAAAGGUCCCCCUGUGCAGUGCCUUUUUUUUUUUUUUUUUACUCCCUUUCUCUCUUUUUCUUAAUGCAUUUUGGAAAUGGGCCUUUUUCAUUUACUCCAAGUACAUUCCCCAGGAUAGAAAACAAACUAAAAAAGGGCAUAAACCAGUCAAAAAGGGCACCCACAUGCCAAGCCACACCACUCUCCAAAUGGCCCUGCUCAGAUGAGAUGCAGAUUUGAAGAGGAGGAAGAAAAAGAGCCAGUGCUGCUCAGGGCUCGGCUGGUGGUGAUACUGUGAAAUUGGAUGUACAAUGCACCGGGUCCCUGGAGCAGCCGGGCAGAGUCCUGAGGGCAUUUUUGGUACCCACUGGGCUUAGGCAGCACACAACUCUUUCCUUUUCCCCUCCCUUCCCCACUUCCAACAGGAGUGAGUUCAGAAACACUUCUGAAAUUGAUACCUCCAUAAUUUAUGUCAGGUACAGUACUUUAGGCUGUACAUUUAUCCUGGAUGCGGGGUAAGCUCUUGCUCUCUGUGGCAAUGUGCACAGUGAGCCAGGGCUGUGUGCAGACAUCUCUCAGUGUUGUUCUUCACCUGGUGGGACCUGUACAGAGAAACCUUGUAGAGUUUGGUGAAUAUUAUAGUUUCUAAAUAAAGGUUAAAAGAAGAAAAAAAUCCUA